AUGAUCACAGAAAACGCUGAUAACGUUGAAAUAAGGCAGUACACCUAUAAGUCUGGUGCGUUUUAUGAAGGGACAUUUGAUGGUGUCAUGCGGAGUGGCCGAGGUUACUGGCGCCAUCCCAAGGGUGAAGUUUAUGAAGGUGAAUAUAGGAACAACAAGGAAGAAGGUCUUGGGGUGUACAAAUUUGAGGGGUCCGGCAAGACCUAUAUCGGGCAGUGGUUGAAUGGUAAGAUGCACGGCGCGGGGAUCUAUUAUUUCAACCCCGAACACACCGUUUACUAUAUUGGGCACUAUGUUGAAGACCAAAAGCAUGACCUUGGGUACUAUUGCUAUGAGUCGGGCAUCCUGACCACCCAGAAGUGGGACAUGGGUCGCUUAAUCCAUGAGGAGCCGUCGACUCCCGUUGAACAGGUAGACGUGGCGAUUCAGAUUAACGAACUUAUAGCGAAGGUGCGCAUCGUCGCUCCUCGACAGCUUGGAGAGAUAUCAUCCUCUAAAAUGCACACGUUCCAGUUUCCAUACGGGGCCACGUAUACUGGGCAAUACCUCGGAACUAAGAAGCAUGGCCAGGGGUACUGGCUACACCCAGAGGGGGAUAGCUACGAGGGGCAGUUCGAAAACAACAAGCACAAUGGAUGGGGAGUGUACAUCAUCGGUCGCAGCGGGAAGAAAUUCGUGGGCUCCUGGCGAGACGGUAAAAUGGAUGGCAUAGGCAUUUAUUUUUUCAAUCCACAGGAAACGGAGUACUUUUUUGGCAAUUAUCAUGCGGACCUCAAGCAUGGUUGUGGGAUGUACCACUUCGCUGAGAGCGGUCAUAAUAGAUUGCAAACAUGGGAGAACGGGGUUCUUAAGGAGGAAAUGAGCAUGGACGAAUCGUCCCUAGCGGAGUACACCAAAGCCAUUCACAAGCUUAUCCAGACGGUGUGCCCAUAUGCUCCCAAUUAUGAGCCCAUAGCGUUUGCAGGAUAG